AUGCGAUGGCUGCAGAAAAUAACAAUGCAAAGAUUUUAUAAAAAUGGCUCAGAUAUUCUGUUCCUGCUUAGUUGGUGCAUUGGUUUUAUUGACUUGUUGCUUCUCUGAAAGAAGAAUUAAGGAUGGGGUUGCACUUAGCAGCCAAAAGAGAUACGUGGUGUACCUCACCAAAGCGCCUCUAUCCCCACAAAAGUACGACGCAUGGAUCUGCGGAGGCGCACUAGUUACCCCCUGGUUUGUGGUCACCUCAGCUGCUUGCGUUGAGGAUGUCCGCCAUAUGUAUGUGGUGGCUGGAUACGAUAAAUAUGUGAAACCGAACAAUCUCAAUAAGGAUAAAUGCACUCGGUCGAAGAAGAAAAAAGUGGUCUUUACCUGUGUACCUAAAACGUACAAUUUGGACUACGCAAAAAUCGAAAAGUGGUCGUCCAUCGAUAUAGCCGUCGUCAAAGUGGAAUCAGCCUUCAGUCUUUCAGACGAAACGUAUAACACGGACUGUUCUUAUGUACCCGCAACUAUAGCAAUUAAUUAUGACCCCAAAUACCAAGAAGCAGGGAUCGACGCGAUUGUAAUGGGCUGGGGACAUUUGACCAAAUGGCGUUCGCCAAAAGAGCGUGAAGACUGGAAUCAAGAAAACCUGCGAUAUGCAUCCACGCGACUUUACGAUAAGGAAAGGUGUAAGGAACAUUAUUCGGCAGAAAUGGAGCAGAUUAUAGACAAAUACAUGAUCUGUACAUACGCGGCGGGUAAUUUGGAUGAUAAUGGAGAAAUCAUUGAGAGGCCAGAGCUGGUUGCUGAUGGGUGUGUGUAUAAAAAGGUUCUGAUUGACGGUGUGGAAUAUCUACAGUGCGCUAAGGAUCCGAAUGAAAGCUCCGAUGAUACGAGAAGGAAUUUAAAAAAUAUCACCGAUAUAGGAAACUAUACUUAUUUUAGACGAAAUGGGAUUUGUCAGAACGACCACGGAGGCCCGUUGGUCACUUGGGUGGGGACGCAUGAAGUGCUCAUCGGUGUAGCAUCGGUAUUCCGAGUGAAGUCUAAUUUGGAGUGCGAUGGACCAUACCUCUUCACCAGUACUCAGUGUAAUGGCGUGUUUUUGGAUUGCGUGUUGAAUCUAUCAGGAAAAGGUUCAAGAAGGCAAUGUAAUUUAUCACCACAAGAAAGAGGUUUCGAUAUUGUCGAAAGAAAAAUAUCCUGGAUAAACCAUCCUGACGGACCAGCGGAAAAUGAAAGAAUAGAGAAGAUUAGGCUGCGACCGCAAAUACCGAUUGGAGUUUAUGGUUGAUCCAGAAUUAAUACAAUUACAAAUAUAUAUUUGUGAGUUUCCUUUUAUUUGUAAAUAGCCCA